AUGAAUCCACCGAACAUCGAAGCAGCACACAUAGAUCUUCCUAUAGAUGUCAACCCAUCAACGACGGAAGAAAUCAGAAUGGCCAUCAGACAAAUCAAGAACGGGAAAGCAGCAGGACCCGACAACAUACCAGCUGAAGCACUGAAAUCAGACAUCAAAGCAACCACAAGCAUGCUUUAUCUUCUAUUCAAAAAGAUUUGGGGGGAGGAACAAGUGCCGAUGGACUGGAAAGAAGGGCACCUCGUCAAGAUUCCAAAGAAAGGAUAUCUGAGCAAAUGUGAAAACUACAGAGGCAUUACACUAUUGUCAAUACCAGGGAAAGUCUUCAACAGAGUGUUGCUGAACCGGAUGAAAGACGCAGUAUACGCCCAACUUCGAGAUCAACAAGCUGGAUUCCGUAAGGAUUGGUCGUGCACAGACCAAAUUGCAACACUGCGGAUCAUCGUCGAACAAUCAGUUGAGUGGAACUCGUCACUGUACAUCAAAUUCAUUGAUUAUGAAAAGGCAUUUGACAGUGUAGAUGGGAGGACAUUAUGGAAACUUCUUCGACACUACGGAGUUCUUGAGAAGAUUGUCAAUAUUAUCCGGAACUCAUACGACGGACCACAGUGCAAGGUCGUGCAUGGAGGACAGCUGACAGAUGCAUUCCAAGUAAGGACCGGAGUAAGACAAGGCUGUUUACUCUCUCCUUUCCUCUUCCUUCUGGUGGUCGACUGGAUUACGAGGACCUCGACAUCUGAAGGAAAACACGGAAUACAAUGGACAGCUCAGAACCAAUUAGACGAUUUGGACUUCGCAGAUGACCUAGCCCUCCUAUCGCAUACACACGAACAAAUACAGAUGAAGAAAACCAGUGUAGCAGCAGUCUCUGCAUCAGUAGGCCUCAACACAAAUGAAAAGGCAAGAUCCUCAAAUACAACACAGAGAACACCAAGCAACACAAUCACACUUAAUGGCGAAACUCUGGAGGAUGUGGAAUCUUUCACGUACCUAGGAAUCAUCUUCGAUGAACCAGGAGGAUCAGAUGCAGACACAAAGGCGACGAUUGGCAAAAUGAGCCAUUGUCCUGUAGAAUAUUCAAAUCCUAAUUCCCAGAAUACCAUAUCUUAUAUUACCUCAGAUUCUGUUAUUAGUGUCUCGUUCGCAGAUUGUCAGUCGUCUAGUCCUUCAUACCACUCUCUGUCAUCAAGUACGACUCUUCCUGGUGUUGGCUCUUUCUUGGAUAAAUCAAAUCACCUUUCACACUAUUCUCCUAAUAAAUAUUAUGAUACAGAACCUACUGUAAUUCCGGGACACUCUUACGUUGAGAACACUGGCGUUUUCGAUAACAAUCUUCCUUAUCCAAUAAAAUCGGAGGCCAUUCACGAAAUAGUAUCUGGGACGUUUAUUACUCCAGAUGCACACAACCAAUCAUGUUUUACAUCUUCACAACCUCUAAAAUCAUUAAACCCAAGUCUUCCUGUCCAAUCAAGUGAAUCUUUGUUAACUGGUUUCACUCAUCCACUUUCUAUGGACCAUACUGUUUUAGAAGACGGUGGGUUAGAUUUGGAUCGAGUGUUUGUCGCUAUUAUUAAUGAUCGAAAUUCUGAACAUGAUAUCUUUAAUGAUACUGAUGUUAAUUGUGACAGUGAACGCUGUUCAAUUGAUAAAUCAAAUUCCUGUAACAAACAGUUACUUAAUAAUAGUAUUCAGUCGUCUGUUAACCAAAGUAUGCUAACAGAUGAUUCAGAGGACAAAAGUUUAUUACAGUACUAUCCUGUAGUAGAUACUGAGAAGACAACUCAACAUCAAACCCAUCCAAAAACAUCCCCCAUUUCAGAAGUUGACCAAACACGCAAGUCAUCUGGAUCAUCCGAAGUUUCAACCCGAAUGUGCGUAGUUUGUGGUGACAAAGCUUCAGGGUUCCAUUAUGGUGUGUCUACAUGCGAGGGUUGUAAGGGUUUCUUUCGACGUGCUAUACAGCGUGACCAAUCAUAUACUUGUGCUAAAAAUGGUACAUGUGAGAUAAAUAAAACGCUUCGUAAUAAAUGUCAACAAUGUCGACUCCUCAAGUGCAUUGCUGUGGGAAUGUCGAGAGAUGCUGUUCGUAAAAGGCGUCAUGGUAAAAAACGGGAACAGUCUUCUUGUGAAUCAGUUACCUUGCCUAGUUCAGAUUCCUCAAACAAAUAUGAAACAUCAGCAUAUUCGUCAGGUUCUGCAGACGUAGUUUUAACUCCAUCUGAAGCACAUUUAAAUGAAACUACACUUAAGCCCCACGAAAUGCCAAUAACAUCAACUAAUUUUCAACCAUCAUCUUCAUCAAUACCAUCUUCUACUAAUAUUUCUUUAACCUUAUGUAAUAAUAAUAAUAGCGAUAAUAGUAACGGUUUGACUAAGGAAGAUCAACAAACUCUAGACAAAUUUGAUCGUUUUUUAAACUAUUGUAAAGAUCAAGCUAUCAAAUAUCAGGCGAAUAGUUGGAAUAUUUCUAAAUCUGAUUAUUAUCACUUAUCAGGAUCUUUAUCAAGACAUCUAUCUCCCAUAAAGCAUACUCCCUAUGAAUUGGGUGAAUCAUUAAAGCUUCUUACAGUGGAUGAAAUAUUUUGUCCUGCUCAACUUAAAUUUACACAUGAAUUCGCCUGUCAUUUAGAGCAGUUCAUACGACUUUCUCAGCAUGAUCAAUCUAUCCUAUUAAGAGAUUGUUUGCCUGAACUUGCUAUAUUAAUGUUAUGUCGCGAAAAUCGGAACAAGACUCAUAUGAACUUUUCAUCUACAUCAGUAAAUUAUCAAUUGAAUUGUUUAUUUAGUCCAUGGUUUCCGAAUGCAGUAGUUACAGAUUCCUCUCUGGAUUGUCUACAUAUGACUUGUGAUAGUAUAACUUCUCAAAGUAUUUUUCAAUUUGCUUCAAGACUUCAGCGAUUACAUUUGACAAAUAUGGAAUUUGGACCACUUAUUGGUGUGAUACUUUUUACUCCAGAACGUUCUGAUCUAUUAGAUAUUGACUUUGUCAAUCGUACACAAAAUUUAUGGGCUGAAUUAUUACGUCGUUAUUGUGAAAGUAAUGGAUCACAAACACGUUGUGCUCAUUUAAUUAUGAUUUUAUCUACACUACGUGAACUUGCCUCUAAAAUAACGCAUAAUUUAAAUGCAUGGUAUAAAUUAUCCAAUACUCCAAUGUCAAAUUGUCUUAAAGAAUUUCUUUAUUCUUCCAGUUUUAAUUCAAUGGAUGAUUGUUUUUAAUUAUUGUGUAAUUUUCUUAUGAUUUUUCUUGGUGAAUAAUAGUGAGAGAUAUCUCUUGCCGUUUUUUUUAAAGAAAAAACAAUUAGGAUUACAUACUACAUAUCUUGUAUUUGUGUUUAAUUUUGCUCUGUUAUUAUUUUAUGAAUAUAUUUGUAAUUAUCUAGAUGAUCAAAUGUACGCACACAGGUUACCUGUUUACUAAAUGAACAUGAAUUUUAUAAAUUUUUUUAUAAAAAAAAACAAACAAAACUUUACCUUAAUGUUCAUACGCACAAUGAUAAUCUCAACUCUUUGAUAACUUAUAGUCUAUCAAUACUAUUUUAGUGGUUAAUUCGAUUAAAUUAGGGAAUGAUAAUAGAGAAAGGUUUAGAAGUGAUUAUGUGUAAGACCAAAUUAUUUCUACUUGCUUGUCUUUUUACUGCUUAUCAUGACGAUUUUUUUCAUUUUUUUUUCUGUCUCAUAAUUUUUUUUUUACCAAUUUUGUUGAUGCAAUUUACAAGGAUCUCUUAUUUUCGAAAGAAAAUAUUCACGCACAAUUAUUAUUAUUAUUACUAUCUAUAUGAAUAAUAAUAUUAUUAAUAAUCCAGUGAUUUCGACUUACCAUGACUAUUAAUACGAUUUAAAACUACUAUGCGCCUCAUUAUUUUGUUUACAAUUAUAUUCUGACGUAAAAAAUUGAUAAACAUUAACUCAUUUUCAUCUUUUCCUCCACCCUUCUGUCUCUUUGUAAUGUACAUUGUGUUUACAAAAUGGUAUUCCUGUAAACAACUACUCUCACGCAUAUCUCCUGUUUUUAUAUAUUGUAAAACUGUGUACUUUUGUGUGUUUCUUGUCUUUGAUUUUUUUAUCUCUACUAGUAGUGAUAUAAUUCUUGUAUUCCGUCUUCCGAUUUAUUACAUGAUAAAAAACCGUCUGAAAAAAGUGUAAUUUCAGGACAUUUUGUCAAUAUACAUUGUUG